UCUGAAACAUUCAUAUGAACAUGAAGAAGUAUGCAUUUGGAUUCAUGGCCAUCUUUGUAAAGGAUGAAAUCCAAAUCAAUCCAUUAUUAAUUUAAGUGGGUUAUUUUUCACUUAAACAAGGACUUGAGUUUUAUUUCAAAGUAGGCCUACACAUCCCAGUGUUCUUUUUUUCUCCAUUUUUCUUUUGUUUUAACAGGUUAAAAGCAAUUCAAUUGCAACAGAUUUCUUUUUCUAGUUAUAUAUAAAACUUUAUACAGCUCCAAAACAUGGCUCUUGAUAGUGAAGGUUGUAGACCCCCGUUUAGUCCAAUUAACUGUUGGUUGUAGCUGAUGAUUGUGUAGUUGUUUGAACGUGUGUUGUUUAACCAUGUUGUUUGUUUUGUUGUGAGGUGUUUUCAGCCACAGCUUUUACUGUGUCUUACUGUACGACCCUUGUUGAUGGAGAGUAUUUCAAAAUGUCACUCAGCACAAAUCUUCCCAGAUGUGCUGCUAUGUACCAAGUGUUUUCUUCUCAUGGGGACUGAAAUGUCGACUUUUAUGUAAAGUAAAAAAAAAAUUAUUAUAAUCUUGGUGCUUUUUAAACAAAGUAAAACAUAGCGGCAGAAUUGUGAAGAUUAUAAAUGCUGAUUUCAAAAUGUACAUUUCGUGAGCCUAACGGUGGCUGAGAAGAGUGUUAAACGUAGCACUUUAGAAAUGAGACUGUCUUAUUAUGAAGGACACUGUAACUACAGAGACAUGUACCUGUAUCUUGAUAGCACUGUCCUGACUCGACAUAUCUCCCGUUAUUGUUAUGGGACACUCAGCUGAUCCUUCAACCUCCUAAAACACUCCUGCUACUGAACCACUGUAACUGUUGACCAUAGAUCUGUGAAGUCUCUGUGAAUAAAAGGGAAAAAAAACAAAAAAACUUCCCUUUUUUCAUGUGUUUGUCAUGUUAAAUUGUGAUGGGAACAGAAGUGAAAGGAUUUUUUUUUUAGUGAUUUGCCGAACUUUCAGAAUGGGGAGGAGCCGUGGUCUUCUGACUUUAUAUUCACACCUUUGCCCCUGAACAACACACUUUAGGAAUCACUACUGGAACACUUGGCGCAGCGUUGUCUGGCUGAUUUAACACUACUUAGAUUCAAACUUGACAUUUUCAUGAUGGGGGAGGAAACUGACAACAUUUUGUACGAGCAGGUUGUAAGCGUCUGGGUGCGGGACCCGCGGAUACAAAAGAAUGACUUUUGGCACGCCUACAUAGACUAUGAAAUUUGUUUGCACACUGACAGUGUGUGUUUCAACAAAAAGAUCUCAAGAGUGAGGAGGAGGUACAGUGAGUUUGUAUGGCUCAGGCAAAAACUGCAAGCAAAUUCACAGCUAAUGCUCCAGCUGCCAGAGCUGCCCCCGAAGAAUCCGUUCUUCAGUCUGAACAACGCCCAACAGAUCACUGAGCGCAUGAAAGGGCUCCAGAACUUUUUGACACAGAUCCUCCAGAGUCCAAUGCUGCUGUCCGACAGUUGCUUGCACCUUUUCCUGCAAUCGGAGCUCAGAGUGUCCAGGAUUGAGGCCUGUGCUGCUGGACGGACCCACUUCUCCGUGACCCAGGCAGUUCAGCGCUGUGGACUGAGAAGGUUCCACUCUGAGGAGGAUCUGCAGAAAGACCUCAGCUUGUGUUGUGACUCAGACUCAGACAGCUCCGAGUGUAGAGAUCCAGAGCCACAGAUUAAAGACUUGGCGAUGAACAAAGCAGCGAGCACAACUUUACUUUACUCCAGACGGGAGGAAACCCUCAGCUCCUCUCCUGGUUCUCCAUGAAAACAGCAUCUUCAUUCCGUUUAACCUGUGAAGAAGAAAGUCACCUGUUAGCCCAUCACACUGCACUUAUAGCCACGUACUUUACUCUUGAUGUUCUAAUCUUGAUGGUUUGAAUAAUGUACAGUAAAUAUUAAGAACAAUGUAGCUUUCAAAUUUCAAAAGAGUAUGUUCUGUUUGCACAGUUAA